AUUCUUUUUGACAAGCGUUCAACUUCGAAUUGAUGAUAAAUCGGGGGUAAAAAGAAAUCUUAUUAACCAAUUAAUUAAAAAUUCGAUUUUAUUUUUUAUGUGAAAAAACUACAAAUCACACUCGCAAAUAAUUCAAUUUAACACAAAUUAAAUUUUAUCAAAUUCCAUAAAAAACAUUCAUUUGUAUGCCCCCAAAAAUUCCAAAGAACACACAAAAAAAAACCUUGAACUAAAAAAAAAAAAAAACAAUGCCAGUGAAGUGUGCUUUGCCCUGCUUGCUUUGAAGUUCUCCACAUUCGUUCGUUCGUUUCUCUUUGGGGAGAUUUUAUCACAUAGAAAUUGUGGUGUCAUCAGAAACUUUGUUUAGCUCAGCUAAAACAUAUUACAUUGAUUCAUUCACAGUUCCACGGGGGGUAAUAAAAUAAUUAUGUGCAAAGUAAUCUUUGACAAUUUUCUAAACAACUCAACGUUUGCAUCUAUUUGCAGCAAAUUUUAACAAAAUCAUAUUCAAUGAAUACUCCGAAGAAAUGAGCCAAGUAUCGCAGACUUGUGGCAGUGGCACUAAAGACGAAUCCAAUUUGCUUGGAGUUGCUGUUGUUGCUAUUGUUGAUGGGGCAACGAUUGAACUUGACCAAGCCAAUAGCAUCAAAUUAUCACAAUCGACCUCCACUGAAAGCCCAGAACGUGAUCCAACUAAUAACAUAUCUUCGUUACCUUAUGUGGUGAAGACACCACGUGCCGAUAGUAAGCUUAUUUUACAAAACAUGGAAGAAGUUUUGAAUUCCGUUAAACGCAAACACAAGCAAAAACAUCGCCGAAAGAAGGAGUUAAAGAAAAUAGCUCUGCAGGAGGCCGAAGCUGCUGCGGCAGCGGAGAAUGAAGCCAAUGCAGCAGAUUCGACUAAAGUGAGUCCGAAGAGUCCAAAGCAUCCGUUGCAAGAGAGUAAGAAGAAUGUUGAGGAAAUUGGGGUUGAAUUGAAGAGUCCAAUGAAAAAUGCAUCGAUUUUGGAUCAUUUUGUUAGGACUCCGAAGAAGAGACAUUUGGAUUGUAGUCCGUCCACUGUGAAGGAGGUGACUAAAGUCGUUGAGUUGCCUAAAAAGGAGGAGGCAACAAGAAAGUCGACGAAGAAGGAGAGUACUACGAAGAAGGUACCUGCCAAGGAAGUUACUACAAAAGAUGUUAUUGCAAAGGAUGUCACUGCCAAGGAGGUUACUGCCAAGGAGGAAACACCAAAAGAGGUAGUAGUGCCGAAAAAAGCAAAUGCUUUCGAAGUGAUGAUGAAUGCUCGUAACAAGAGCAUUGGAUCGAAUACACCGGGUAAAGAUCCAUCGCCGACAGAAGACCCAGAUGGUUGCCCGAAAAUUGUACAUAUCAAAAGGAAGAUACUUUUGCAGGAGUGGGCAGAUCGAAAGGGGGGCGUCAAGCGUCGUUUGGAAGAGGAAGCUACUGAAGCUUAUAUAGAAACGGCAAUGAAACAUCGAGCAAAGAGAUUCAAAGCGAUGCUUACAAAUGGUACUGAAUCAAAAUCCGAUAGCAAACCAGCAACACCGGUUGUUGAUAAAACUGCUGAAGCAAAAUCACCAACCAAAGCAUCGCAAUCGGCCAAAACAAAACCUGUUCGCAAACCAAAACGUAGUUCAAGAUUUUCACGUCGAUUAUCAUCUGGUGAUUCAGUUGAAUCGGUAGAGAAUGCGAGUCAAGACUCGACUGCAUUUCUAUCCAAAUUAUCUUCGCCCAUAAAAAAACGUGACAGCUUGUUGGGGUACUUUCCAAAAAAAACAUCAUCACCCGCAUCAGCAGAAAUAACGGAAGUUCCACAAAAACUACUUCCAGUUGAAACAGUUUCUGAAAAUAUCACACCAAAACGUAAAAAGGGUCGUCCGCCGAAAAAACAUAAAGUUAACACACCAAUUCAAAAAGAAGUCAAAACACCAGUUAAUGUUGUAGUAGAAACGCCAGAACCUGUUACAACCAGCACUGGACGUCCAAAACGACAAUGUUCAAGAAGAUCCAGAUAUGAUCAAGAUCUUAGUCCCAUAUCAUCAAAAACAGAAGAAAAGAAACUUCCGCCCGAAAAACCUGAAGAAAAACCAGUUGCUCGUUCCAUUAAAAAGACUCCAAAGCUAGACGAACCUGAAAUUAUCGAUGUGGAUAGCGAAAGCCCAAAGCAAACUCCAAAGAAACUCGCGCCGCUCUUUAUAAAAGCAGUACCAAAGCCAAGCAUAGAUCCAGAGACGCUACGAGCAAGGCAAGAAUUUUUGAUGUCCGGUGUACCGGAGAAAAUGCGUCUCGAAAUGGCUAAACAAAAGCAAUACGAACAAUCGUACGAGGAAGCCAUCGAAGAGUUUCCGAGUGUGAGUCACAUAGAGCAGCUAACUCCUGAGAAAAUUACCACCACCCCAAAAGAAAAAGGCGUGAUCCCUUUCAAAUUACGUCCGAUCAUUGAAGAUGACGACGAAGACCAAAAAACUCCAACGAGAAAGAUAAAAAGACGAAUGAUAGGCACCUUUACAACAUGUACACAAAAAGAUUUUCGAGGACUGGCAAAAAAUAUGCUAAUUGGACCAAAUCCAUUGACACAAAUCGAUAAUAAAAGACAAAUUAUCAAAGAAUGGAAAGUCACCUAUGACAGGUUCCCCACCUUUAGGUGUUACAACCAACUGCGUGAGAAGUAUCGUCACUUCUGUGCAGUUGAUUCAGAACAAGAGGCAGAGCAAUUUACAGACUCGUUUGUUGUAACGCGCAGUAGUACUCGACGCUCACUCACAAAAGAGAAAUUCGAUCCAGACGCUGAAGAAGAAAAGCCACCCCCGUCGGCGCCCAAUGGGGAACUCCUCUUUACGGAGAAAUAUAAAGCAAUGUCGUCGGAUCAAGUGUUGGUCAAUGUUGCACCAGUUAAUCAAUUGAAAGAGUUUCUAUCUUCAUGGCGUGGAAUGGCACGAGCAACUGAUUCGAGUGCGUUUGCCGACUUGAACGAUUCAAGCAAUAGCAACAGUGCGUCUUCCAAUUCAGUUGUACUCCUAGGACCAAAUUCUAGUGGGAAAACCAACGCAGUGUUUGCCUUAGCCAAUGAGAUGAAUUUUGCCGUACUCGAAGUCAAUGCUGGCAUGAAGCGCACAGGUAAGAAACUACUGCAAGAGCUACAAGAAGCAACGCAGUCGCAUCAGGUACGCAAAAAUGCGAAAUCCAAUACCAAGAAUCUUUUAAAGAACACACUAAAUGGCAACAAGAAGAGACAAUCUGGUGAAGAACGCACAAUAGAGGAUAUCGAGCAGACCAGAAAAUCUUUGAUACUGAUUGAAGACGCCGAUGUUAUAUUUGAGCAACAUGACGCUGGUUUCGUUGAUGCACUCUACACACUAGCAUCGACUUCCAAGCGUCCCGUAAUAAUAAUGGCUACAAAUGAAAAUUGCCAACACCUUCAACGUUUGAUUAAUCAAAACACAAUUAGGUUUACUCCACCGAAUGUGCUGAAUAUAUCAAAGUUCCUUUCCGUGCUUUCGCUGAUCGAAAACUGUCCAGUUGAACUGAAUGAUCUCGUAAGCUUGUACCUGUUGAAUCGUAAGCACCUAAGAAAGACAAUCCUGGAGAUGCAAUUUUAUAUUCAAAGCGGUGGCGAUAGACUGGUAAAGUCGAUUAAAAGAUACGAUGAUAAAGGGACUUCGUCUUCGGAGUUUUUUGUAUCGCCAAACAAGAGACGAUAUUCUGAAGAGUCCAUUGAAGUUACCGAAUUUUUAGCUGCAGAAGAUGACAAGAACAAAUAUGUAAACUAUCACAAGGGUCUUUUUGAAUUCUAUACAGUUUGUCAGAAUACAAAAUGUCGAAUACCAUUCCCAGUGGAUUUUCAUUUACUGCGAACAAACUUGUCAGAAAUUUUUAAAGUUUCGAGAAAUCUUACAGAAACAACGACACGUCGGAAAUCUAGAAGUCCGAAAAAAGCUUGGUUGUGUGCUCUUAAUCGAACCUCAGUCUCGCAGGCGUUGGGGAAUUUCUAUGAGAAUCUUUCGGCUGCAACUAUGAUUGCUGGUGUACAAGAAAGUGAAGAUCGUCUAACGAAUAAUUUGAGUGAGGAAAUGGCUCAUUGUCUGGUCGAACGUGCAAUUGAAAGGAAUCUAGGUGCUGGACAUUAUGCUUAUAAUUUAUUCGAUUCGCCGCACGACGGUGUCACUUUAACCAACUAUUCUCCAGUCACCCCUCUACGAUCGUCUCGAUCCCUAGCAUUAGACUAUGAACCAUCACUUCGUUCAAUUUGUCGAAGUGAAAAGAAUCGAUCAAACUGUGAACGACGUGGAUCCCGCUUCUAUCAUUAUCUGCGCAACAGUUGUGUGAAUCUUGGUUCGUUUUCAACGGCGGAUAAUUUCGAAAGAGCAUGCGAUAUCUUGAACGAUCCAACAGACAUUAUACUUCUUUCGCAAACAUCGUCGUCACAAAAAUCCGAUUAAAAUUAAAAAAAAAAUAUAUUAAAACAAAGUAAAAUGGAUUUAUAAUAAUAAUUUUUAAUUUAAUUUAUGUUAUAUUUGUAGCAACAAACUGUAAGUGUUCUUUCUAGGUCUCAGACGGAUAUUUUGCCUAACGAAAUAUCUUGCGUUCUUAACGAACAAAAUA